ACCAAUUACAUUCAGAGAGAAAACAUCUGGCUACACCCUCUGGCUCUGAACCAAUCACCACCAUUUUAGUUGUAAACAGCUUCGAUUGCAUUUGCUGUUUUCAUAGGAGCUUUCAACACAACCUCCCUUCGCUGCACCCACAGUCGACUGUGAAGUUCCUCGAGUAUUUGCAGUAUUCAGAAGAGAGAUGAGCUGUCAACACAAUCUCUUGCUUUUAUUCCUCUGUGGCUUCGCUGUGCUCACUGUCUCAGCACAGACAUGUGGAGAACAUGUGCUAGAAGGAACAUCCUGCAGCAUUAAUGGGAAAACAAGCAACAAUGAAAAAGCUGCUGAUAUCAGAUGGAGCUUUAUCUCCAGUGAUGGAACCACAACUCAAUGGAAAAAAGGAUCCAACAGAAAACCUCCAGCAGGAUUAACAAUAGAAGAAGACGGAUCUUUAAGAUUUGAAAGUGUUCGUCAGAAUAACACCGGCACAUAUAAAUACACUGCUUUUGAUGCCAGUGACACACAGAUCAGUGCUGAAACUGUGGAACUGAGAGUUUAUGUGAAGGCUCCUAAACCUAACGUGAAGAGUGAAUGCAAACCUGAUGGGACUGUUACACUCCUCUGUGACACUGGAAACUAUAAAGACCUGCAUAUAUCCUGGUAUGAAGACGACAAGAUCAUGCAGGACGAAACAGAAACUCAUCUGACCCUAACAUCGUCUAAAGUAAAGGAGAAUAAACUGUACGCAUGCAGUGUAAGCAAUCCUGUCAGCAGCGAACAAAGUGACAGAAUUACAGUGUCAUAUAGUGGCCCAGAUCAAGUCUCAGCACAGACAUGUGGAGAACAUGUGCUAGAAGGAACAUCCUGCAGUAUUAAUGGAAAACCAAGCAACAAUGUAAAAGCUGCUGAUAUCAGAUGGAGCUUUAUCUCCAGUGAUGGAAACACAACUGAAUGGAAAAAAGGAUCCAGCAGAAAACCUCCAGCAGGAUUAACAAUAGAAGAAGACGGAUCUUUAAGAUUUGAAAGUGUUCGUCAGAGUAACACCGGCACAUAUAAAUACGCUGCUUUUGAUGCCAGUGACACACAGAUCAGUGCUGAAACUGUGGAACUGAGAGUUUAUGUGAAGGCUCCUAAACCUAACGUGAAGAGUGGAUGCAAACCUGAUGGGACUGUUACACUCCUCUGUGACACUGGAAACUAUAAAGACCUGCAUAUAUCCUGGUAUGAAGACGACAAGAUCAUGCAGGACGAAACAGAAACUCAUCUGACCCUAACAUCGUCUAAAGUAAAGGAGAAUAAACGGUACGCAUGCAGUGUAAGCAAUCCUGCCAGCAGCGAACACAGUGACAGAAUUACAGUGUCAUUCUCAGCACAGACAUGUGGAGAACAUGUGCUAGAAGGAACAUCCUGCAGCAUUAAUGGGAAAACAACAAAGAAUGAAAAAGCUGCUGAUAUCAGAUGGGGCUUUACCUCCAGUGAUGGAAACCCAACUGACUGGAAAAAAGGAUCCAGCAGAAAACCUCCAGCAGGAAUAACAAUAGAAGAAGACGGAUCUUUAAGAUUUGAAAGUGUUCGUCAGAAUAACACCGGCACAUAUAAAUACACUGCUUUUGAUGCCAGUGGCACACAGAUUGGGGAUGAAACAGUGGAACUGAGAGUUUAUGUGAAGGCUCCUAAACCUACUGUGACGAUCAAAUGUAUUGCAUCUCAAGACAUUGUAAUACUCCACUGUAAAAACCUUGAAAACAUUAAAGAUCUGACCAUAUCCUGGUAUGAAGAUGGCACGAUCGAGAAAGUUGAAAAAAAAUCUGAGCUUACCUUAAAAUUGUCUGACGUGAUAAACAAACAGUAUGCAUGCAGUCUAAGCAAUCCUGCAAGCAAUGCACAAAGUGAGAGAAUUACAGCCUCAUGUAGUUCAAUACCUAUAACACUUUUCGGCUUUGAUUUUUGGAUCAUGAUUGGGAUUUUAGCAGGUGGAGGAGCGCUUUUGCUUCUGCUGUGUUCUGUUCUCAUCUGCUGUGCAUGUCGAAGGUGUAGACACAAGAAGCACAGACUAGAUGCGGAAGAGUUCAGAUUGACUGAGCUUCAACCUCCAUUUAGCAAUGGUACCAACAGAUCCAAACAAACUGCAAGAGGUCAACCGGCACCACCUAUCCCGCAAGAAGAGUCCAUGCACUGUAACCCGUCUCCACAAUCCACGCCACAGAUACAACCUCAACCCAAAGCUCAGAUCCGCGCUAGACCUCCGCCACCACCUCAGGACGAGGAUGAGGAAGAUCCACCGCCCCUACCUCGCCCGAGAAAUAAACAACACCGGAAGAAACACCAGGAGCCCUACCGUCCAAUGGAAUGAGAUGCCUGCGUAUUUACUGAACAAUAGCAAUAUGAGAAUUUCCUGCAAUUACUUUGGUAAACUAACAGCCUUAUUAUAUGGUAAGAGCGCCAUUUAAUACAUAGUUCGCUAUCAAUAAAAUUAGUAAUUUUUUAAUUUUAUUGAACAAAGUUUAAGAACUUACAAUGCCAAAGCUGUUCACAAUAGAAAAGUAGAUGGUGGUGUAUAUUUAAAGCUACGACUGCACAAUUUAUCAUUUAUUUGUACUCGCUAUAAUGGUAUUUGCAAUAUCAGUAUCACAGAGAGGUGCUAUAAAUGGCAUUUAUUCCAUGCAUAGAUUGUUUUAUUCACAUUUGACCAAUCAGUUAGGGCCUUAUUAUCUUUAGACUCACCUCUAGAGUAGUUGCUGUUCUGCUAUUGGCUAAAGUGGCCCAACGAUGAACCUAGAGCUAAAAAUUUAAUUAAAAAAAUAGUCGAAAUGAGAGAUGAAAAUUACAACAGCAAAUUAGAAUGAGAAUAUCUGCAGAGUUUUUAACAAUUCAAUGUUUUAAAGAAUAAUUGUUUGCAUCUUGCUUGAAUUAGAUUUAAUAAUAUCAGAAAAAAAUCUAGAAACUGUUUGUUUUAGUAUGAUCAUUACAUAAAUAAAUAACUUUUUAAAAAAUAGCUAAUAAAAAAACAUUUCUUAAAUGUUACUGCAGCACUCAAUAUAGCAUAUCACAUUUCUUCCAAGUAUUGUGGCCCAACUUAAAAACUCCAUAGUUAUGAGCACCUACAACUUGUGCGCUUUAUUUGUCAUAAUUUACAAUGCAACUUUAGCAAAGAUCAAAAUUUAAUUUAUUAAAAUCAAAACAAUUUCCAUAAAGUAUACAUAAAACCAUUUCCCAAACUGUGUUUUCGGUUUCAACGUGUAAUUCUGUUGUAUGGUGCUGCGAAAAGGGGCGGGAUUAAACAAGAUGAUUAGACAAUUAAAAAAAGUGAGCAAUUGGUCAAUAUUUAAAAUUUCUGUACAGAGAGGUCAUGUUUUGAUCUUUGAUUGGUCUCACUCAGUCACGUGAUGCGAUUUUAUAGAGUUCACCAAGCUUGAACUUUGCAAUGCAGCAAACUUGUUGCAUGAGCUUGCGUUUCCGGUCUGACACAUUUGCGUGCAUAUAAAUGGAAGUCUAUGGGCAAAAAGUUCGUGACCUUAACUCUAAAUCACAGGUGUUAAACUCAGUUCCUGGAGGACUGCAGCUCUGCACAGUUUAGUUCAAACCCUAAUUAAACACACCUCAUGAUUUUCGUUACAUGGUGGGGCACUACACAAAAAUGCAUCCCGCUACUGCUACAUUCCAGUUUCUCACUCAAAACAUCAGUCAUUGUUGUUGUUGUUUUUAAUAACGGGUUAUAAUUGCCCCAAAACUUAUUAAAAGGUAAGUGAAUUAUAAUAGCGUAAACCUUUCUGUAAUCGUAGUAGUGUUGUGCGGUAUUUGUUUAACCUUAUGAGGUUACGUGCUGACUGACUGACUGACAGGUGCGUGAUGCGUGAGGCCAGCAAACACGACGUAGCUUUCAGUUAGGAUGAACAGUUUCCAUAAUUAUACUUUAUUUAUAGAUAAAGGGCUGUGGUUCUGCAUACAAUGACUUUAUCUUGCUGGAGUUUAAAACCGUUUCACUUUACUUCAGGACGCAUUAAUGCCGCUCUGUAGGUCUAUUGGAGACAUUCAAAAAUAUUCCUAGCAAAUCUUAAUAAAUGUAGAUGUACUCACUGCAUAAACCUGUUAAAAUUGCACUUCAGCAGCGUAUAUUUGAGGGCGUGCAAGAGGUUUUGUGCACGAACAGAGGAAAUCGGUGCACAAGCAAAAAGAUUCACAUGCUCGUAUUGCAUAAAUUUGAUCUCGACUUGUAAUACUGCACUCACCAAGUUCAAGUUCAAGUUGCUUUAUUGGCAUGACAUUCAAUACAGUAUUGCCAAAGCACUUCAAGUAUGUAGUAUACUAAAAUCAUUAAAUAAUAAAAAUUUUAAAUUAUAAUAAUACAGUAAAUAAGACAUAAAUGACAAAAAAAACAACAACAAACAAACAGAUAAUAUAUCACCACAUUUCUCCAUUUGUCAUUGAAAUAACGCCAUAGGUAGUUGGUAGAUUUGUGUAAAAGGUCUGCCGCCACAGCUGGAAAAUAUCCUAGAGGAAACACUGCUCCUGAUCAAAUAAUUGAACCGUUCAGGUGUGUUUGAAUCCUACAAGUGAGUGUGUUGAAGCAGGGUUAGAACUAAACUGUGCAGGGCUUCAUGAACUGAGUUUGACACCCCUGCAACACAAUGCUUUUUUUUUGCCAUCUUGAUUUCCCAGAAACAUCAUAUUUAAUGUAUUUAACAUAUUUGUAAUGACAAUUAGCUUUAAACCAUGAUGAACGGAAAACAGUUUGCAAGCAAAAGUGACAGCAUUCAUUAUAAAGCCAUAACUAUUGUUUCUAAUAGCAUCACAUUUUCUGUAAACUCACUUUGAAAACAAUCACUGAGUCCCAGGUCAGAGGCCGCAUCCUUUGAAGGAUGUCCGUAGGAUGUUUCUAGGAAAGUUCUGUCAAAAUAAUGUCACAAAAUGAGAAAGUUUAUAACACAAGGACUGUUCAAGUCCUGGACUAUGCCAAGAUUCACCAGUGACGACAGGACAUUUUUAGAGAGAAUCCCAGAUUACACUUUUAAAUGUGAGUAUUGUGUUUCAGUUUAUUUAUACCCUUAUGACAAUUAACCAUAGUGUUACUACCAAGCCUAUAUGUCAUCAGUUGGCCAUAUUGUAGGCUAAAAACGUAAACAAUGGCACUGAACCAAAUGAAACUCACAUAUUUUGCUAGGUUAUGAGCUGUAAAUAAUAAAUAUUAUUAACUUAAAAUGUUUAGUUUAAUAAGUGAAAGAUUAGUUUAAUAUCUUUAAGGUUAGUGUGAUUUCACCAAAUAGGACUUGUUAUUAGAUUAACAUCUAUGAUGAUCCUGGAACAACAUUCCAAUCAGCCAAUCCGAAUUAAUGGAUAUGUUUACUGUUUAUGUUAAGUUUAGACUUAUGGUUAGGGUUAUGUACUUGAUUGUUCUCCAACUUUUAUUUAUGGUUGAGUUUAAGGGUAGGCAAUAGGCAUGGAUUGCAUUUUCCAACAGAAAUGAUGUUCCAGGAUCAACAUAGAUGUUAAUCCAGGAUUGCAUUGUACUUCCCUGCUGAAAAAAACAGCUUAAACCAGCCUAAGAUGGUUAGCUGGUUGACCAGGCUAGUUUUAGAGGGGUUUUGGCCAUUUCCAGGCUGGUUUCCAGCCAUUUGCAGCCUGGUUUUAGCUAGUCAGGCUGGUUUAAGCCUGGUUUAAGCUGGACAUAGCUGGUUUGGGCUGGGCUCCCAGCCUGGAUAGGCUGGUCAAGCUGGUUUUAGCUGGUCAACUUCCAGCCUGACCAGCUAAGACCAGGCUGGAAAUAGCUGGAAACCUGCCUGGAAAUGGCCAAAACCCCUCUAAAACCAAGCUGGUCAACCAGCUAAAACCAGCCAACCAGCCUAGGCAAAAAUCAAAAUCAUGCCCACCAAUAUCUUAAUUAACACUGUAUAUUUUACCGCCUAUUGAACUCAGUUUGCCAAAACAAUCCAGUUUUCUGCAAAAUUUAAACUUUUUAACAUGUUCAUACAUAAAUGGGGCAAGGAGACCAUAUUAAAGCCCCACUUUAAAUAUUAGUCCACCUCUCACAAAGAUUAAAUAGCCUCUGAACUGCGACACAGCUCAAGUUUAUGUUGGACGACGAUGCUAAUCUCUCAAACCAUUUACUAGUCUGUUUAUCUCUUAGCCAAAUUAGGCCUAUACUAUGCAAUUUACGUUAAUCAGUCCAGUGUCAGCUUUCCUAACAUUUGUAACGUCAGUUAAUAACGUCAAUUUUAGUUAACAACGUCUAUUUUAAACAACAACAUUGUAUCAGCUGCUUACCUGCUCAUUAGAUACAUUUUUCGUAUAUCCAUCUUUUAAAAUCGUGAUACUUUUAAAGUUGUUUUAGUGACAUUUUACACCGUGGAGAUCACCUUUAAUCACGACCACAUCAGAUUCAUCCGCGCUAAACAGCGGAGCCCAACCACAGCUCAUGUUAUUGCGACAAAACAAUGUUCCUCCGCGAGUUACUUGUAGAUUUCAACCACUAGAGGGCCAAAUGCGACGAACUGUCAUUAAAGCUAUGCUAAUUAUUUAUUGCUUUAUUAAGUAAUAUAAAGUAAUUGUUUUGCAAGACUUGUAUUAUAAUUGUAAUUCAAUAAUAAAAAGUUGUGCAGAUUGUUUUAUUUUUGUAUUUUUUCAACAGUUUUUUUCUUAUUCGGCCAGUAAUUAGGCCUAUAUAUAGAAUUAUAUAUUAUAUUUUGGCCAAAUAUUCUGUAAAUCUCUAAAAAUAAUGCAAACCGUUACUAUUGUCAUAUUUUAUCACAGUUUUAUCCACUUUAGGAUUGCUUUCUUUGCCUUUAUGGCACAAAUACUGCUGUUUUUUUUUUCUCUAAUACUGAAGAAUCUAAUAUUUCUGAGCUAUAGACCAAGGGUUUCCAAUCUCUUUUAUUAUGAAAGGCCAAAAACCAAACUUGAUUGAGGGUGGUGGGUAGAAGGUAAAUAUGCCAAACUGUAUUACAUUUAAGUGACCAUGGGUAAUUUCCUAAUUUAUUUAAUAAUAUAAAGAUAUAACUAAAAACAUCGCUUUAAAUUAACUAAUGCAGUAUAUAUUUUUUACAUUUUAUGAUGAGCUUAUUAUUUUUAAAAACAAAAACAGUCCCAUUUAUAACAGAAUGGAGUUCAAUGUCAAAUACACACCCACAUUCCCUAGUUUGGGCAUCUCUGUUUUAGAGUAAUAUAUAUAAUUUCACUUGAUUCUUAAAACGAGUCCUUUAAAUGUGCACUAAAUAACCAGCUUUUCUCUCGUGUGUCUCAUGCAAAUUGCUGUAAAUAUAUCUGAGGUUGUAAUUGUCUUUAGGGGAGCAAUUUUAAAGUGCAACUAAUGUGUGCUUUGUAUUUGAGCCUGUUUUCUCAAGAGUGUAUAUUCAUUUUAUGUCUGUUUGAGAGAUCACAAAAGUCAGAAAUAAAGACUUAUAUAUAUUUAA